AAAAAAUUUAAAUCUUUUUUAAUGCCUCCCAAAGUUGACCCAAAUGAAGUUAGAUUGAUUAACAUCAAAGUGUUCGGAGGAGAAGGUGGUCCAGCAUCCACUCUUGCUCCAAAAUUGGGACCUCUCGGUCUUGUAAAUUUAAUAGCUUAUUAAUAAGAACCCAAAAUAAGUCGGUGAUAAAAUUAUUGCUGAAAGUGGAAAAUGGAAGGGUAUCAGAGUUAUGGUUAACUUGAGAUGCUAAAAUAGAAAUGCUGAUGUUACAGUCAUUCCUACCUCAAGUGCAUUGCUCAUUAAAGAAAUUGGAGUAUUUAAAUAAUUAAUGACUUUAGGGUUAUGAGAGAGAUAGAAAGAAGACAAAGAAUGUUAAACACAAUGGAAAUUUAACACUUGAAUAAGUCAUCAAAGUUGCUAGAGCUAUUGAAGAAAAGUCAUUGGCUAAAACAUUUACAGGAACAGUCAAAUAAGUUUUAGGAACUGCAUAAUCUUUGGGAGCCACAGUUGAUGGAUAACCAGUAAAAACAAUUAUUGGAAGAAUUAAUUCUGGAGAGCUUAAAGUUGAAAAAUGAAAAAUAAAAUCUAUAAUACAUAUAAGUACAUUAACUUGCUAUUUUCAUUUAAA